AUGGAUGAAGAUGAGAAUGGAAGGCCAAUAGAAAUACCAUCGAGAGGAAGGCCUCGGAAACGAGACACGGAGUCUUUCCUGAAUGCCAAUGGCUUCCAAGACCAAGAUAAUAAUCAGGACCUGAUUGAGUUUAUGAAGAAAGUCAACUUUACUUCUAUGGACGGAUCAACGAGCAUGCCAGAAUCUGCAUUUGAUGGAUACUUUCAUUCGAGCAAUUCAAAUAGUUCGUAUAACAAUCAGCUUACAGAUCUGAAGAACGCAUAUGAAACACACAAACCAUUUUCUGCAGAUGAUGGUCUCUUUGCAUACGAUGUAUCCGAAGCCAAAAGAAUAGGAACCAUGGGCAUGCAUGACACAAGAAGUGGGGCUGAUAUAGCAGUUAAAGAUGGGUUCUUGAUAGAUGCUAUAAACCAAAGCACAGCUGACAAUUGCAUAAAUAGUAGCAAAAGCCAAUGUCUGGAUAACAGCAUGAUGAAUGGAAUGCAACCUGCAUAUUUGUUUGAUAAAUUCAAUCCCAUGAAUGAGAACCACAAUGGAUUUUAUGCACAGCCUGAUAGGAAUGUAAAAGCAGAACCGAAUCGUAUUGAAAGCUAUAUUCCCAUGGAAAAUAUCCCUUCACAGGCAUUUCAACGGUCUUAUUAUCCAAAAAAUGGUUUUGGAUAUGCAAAUAGUCACAAUCACAAAGGAGGAGGGUUUCCACUAUGUUCUACUUGGAGUGAUAAUAGAAAAGAACCUUUUUUCCCUCAUCAACCAGACUUUGAUCAUGACCAUGGAUACUCAACACAGGGACGGUAUAAUGAUCGGAUGAGCAUGAACACAAAUACACCAUGGAAAAGAACAGGAAUGUCUGUGCCUAAAGAAGACAUGGAGUAUUAUUACAGAAACACAAGUAGUGAUAGAUCUUCUCAUUCUCCAUUACCUACUAAUCCCUUUGGUAUGCAUCGACAUGAAAAUUUGUCUCAGGAUCCAAGGUAUCGACAUCAUCAGCAUCCACAAAUGUUUAUGAAUGGUACAGAUCAAGGCAAUCGGCACUCUAUAAACUCCAUUGACAUGACUCAAGAUACAAGACUAAUGCAUCCAGCAUUUAAUGGCGAUGCAGCACUCAGCCAUCCAGAUUACUCACUUAUGGAAUAUGGGCAACAGCAAUACAUAGACUCAUCAAUGCAAGGAAGUGCCUGGAUGAACAGGAAAAAGCGAAGAAACAAUCCCUUGAUGUGGCAAUACAUAAAAACAAACCAGACAUUCUAUCCAAGCAUUGUGCAUCCAUCGAAAUACUCAAGUGUUGACUUUGUUCAGGGAAUGGAAGACAGCCAGAGAAUGUAUCUUGGAGGACUCCGAAGAGCGUCAGCUGAAAAGGACAAUGGCAAUUCGUCAUUCCCACUGUUUCUAAACUCAAACAAGGCGUCUCCCAAUGAUUUCAAGGAAGUCAUUCAAAACUUCAAGAACUCAGUAAGCGAGCUUGACUUCAACAAUGUCACUGUCCAACAACUCAAGGGAUUAAUGAAGGAAUUUGGACUGAACUAUUCAGGUAAGAAAAACGAACUGAUUGAAAGGCUCCAAGAAAUUCUUGCAAAAAUAGACGAUAGGCAGGAUGCAAACCCAGAAGACCAACAACCACAUGAAAUCCCAAAAGAGAAGGAGGCCGAUGACUUUGAGUUCUACUUCUUCUGA